AUAGUGCGGCUAAUUUGUGGGUUUUUACCAGCUGACGAGCUUCAUGCGUCAAACAUGGCCGGUUCAUUUACAGCAUGCAGAUCCAACUGAAAGCUGUAAAGGCUUGCGUGUUGUAUGGGCCCUAAGUCAUUGCUAUACGUUGGUGCGGAGACUCUUCAGUGUGCGCUUGCAAACGGUAUAACGUUAUAACUUUUUUUUUUUUAAGGAAACACCCGUAUGUUUUCUUUAAUAUACAGUUGAUACUAGAAAAAUUUGAAUAUCAUGCAAAACUUCAUUAAUUUCAGUAACACAAUUUAAACAGUGAAACUAAUGAGAUAGAUUCAUUACAUGCAAACUAAGAUAGUUUGAGUCGUGAUUUGGCAUAACUGAGAUUAGAAUAGGAUAUUGGAACUUUUGAGAUGGUUUUCUUAAACUGUAAGCCAUAAUCAUCUCAAUUAUGACAAAUCGCAACUUUGAACUUUCUUGCUUUGCAUCUAAUGAGUCUCAUUAGUUUUACCUUUUGAGUUGGUUUUCAAAUUUGAUGAGGGUUUGCACAAUAUUCAAAUUUUGAGUAGCACCUGUGAUUAAAGGCAAGAGUGAGCUGACUAAAUCUGCAUAGCUCUGCCCCACACUGGGGGGUGGGGGAUGGGAGUGAGAAAGACACCAAAAGUUACAGGGUAUGUCAUAAGCUUUAAAGCAGUUAUGUUAUGACUGAAAAGAAUUUCAACUUGCUUUACUUGGGUCUCUAAAAGUUUGAAAAUACAUUUCAAAACCGAAAAAGAUAAAGUAGACUAUAAUUUUCACACAUUCUGUAUUGCUGCUUUUUUUGUUAUUCUAUUUAAUUUUUUUCAAUCCAUUCUGUCUCUUUUAGAACCACAGAGCAAGAAGUGGUUCAAGUCUGUCUCCAUGUGACCAAGCCUCCACCAAACUAUCGCACCUGAAAAUUAAUCAGAGGAAUGACUGAGGAGAGACCAUACAGCUGUGACCACUGUGGAAAAACAGUCAUUACAAGGCGGAGCCUAAAGGGCCAUCUGCAAAUUCAUACUGGACAAAGAAUGACUGUGACUGACAAUGACUGUGGAGCUGCUUUCCAGAGAUCUUACCCUUGUGAUGAGUGUGGAAAAACAUUCACUGCAGCUAGCUCCUUAAAGGUGCACCAUCGUGUUCACACAGGAGAGAAACCCUACACGUGUGAUCAGUGUGGAAAUGCAUUCACUACAGCUAGAUCUUUAAAGUUGCACCAACGUAUUCACACAGGAGAAAAGCCUUACAUGUGUGAUCAGUGUGGAAAAACAUUCUCUGCAUCUACGCCUUUAAAGUUGCAUCAACGCGUUCACACAGGAGAGAAACCUUACUCAUGUGAUCAAUGUGGAAAAGCGUUCUCUGCUCCAAACAGUUUUACGCAGCAUCUGCGUCUUCACACAGGAGAGAAACCAUACUGGUGUGAACAGUGUGGAAAAACCUUUGCUGUACUUUCUAGUCUAGAAAUUUACCGUCGCCAGCACACUGGAGAGAAAUCACACUGGUGUGACAAGUGUGGUAGAACAUUCUUUCGUUCAACCGGCUUAAAAAAAACACCUACGCACGUGUGUAGGAGGUUUCCCAUGUGCGAUCUGUGGAAAAAUGUUCUUUAGGCCUUUUCACCUUGAAUGGCAUCAGUUGUCUCACACUGAACAGAAACCUUCAACUGCUGAAAAAUCAAGCACAUCAUCAGCUACGUCCCAAUAGAGAGAAACCUAAGCUGUGCGAGAGUGAUGGAGAAGCUUUUAAAACAAAACUUUAAUUAAGCCAAUUCCUACUGGUGUAAAUGUUGUGAAAAGUUUUUGUUUAAAGGUUUAGUUCUUUUGGUUGAUUUUUUUUUCAGUGUUGCAACGUAAGGGAAAUAUGUUUAUGCUAAAAAGAAAUUAAGAUUUAUGAAGGUUUUUGCAGCACAGAAUUUCCUUGAAUGUGUCCGUAGAUGAUGUAGUUAAUUGUUAACCCGAAGAAAAAAAAAGACAUGUCGGUGGACAAAAAUAGCUACUAAAAUGGUGAAGAUUCAUGAUUUGUUGAAAUUCAUUCAAAAUUGGGACCAGGUUGGAUUUGUGGUCAAAAGCUGACAAAUUAAUCACAAUCGUCCCUUUAUUUUGUAAAGACACAU